CACUCCCGGCUGUGCGCCAGGCCCUGCCACGAGCCUGGCCACCCCAGCCCUGGGCCCAGCUCUGCCCGCUCCACUAGCCCGUCACCCACCUCUGCUCCUCUUCGUCCGUCCCCAGCCCAGCCGUGCCCCUGGCCCAUCAACAGAUGGCUCCCUGCUGCCAGCUGGCGCUGGGGCAGGACCUGAAGGACCUCAUCGCCCGGGACCAGGACCUCCAGCAGCUGAGAUGGGGCCUGCUGGCCCCCAAGGCCCAGCGCCCGCCCUCAGGGGAGCGGCUCCAAGAAGCUUUUGAAAACUACCUGCGCCUGAUCUAUGGCCCCUGCCUGCUGGUGGGCGUGGGGGGCCUGCAUGCUGGCGGGGAGCCACCGCAGGACAGCUCCAUGGCCUUCGCAGGGGAGGUGGGGGCCCUGUCCAGAGUUGCCCCUGGUCUCAGGCAGACGGGGUUCUUCCCUGAAGAGAGGGCAGUGCCAACAGACUGGCCCCCCCAAGCCCCUGGAGCCCUGUGCAAGCGCCUGGUUCACCUGCCUGGAGUCCUACAGCUCAGCCCACCCACGUACCAACCGGUGCACAGUCAGGCCUCCCAGCUGCUGGCCCGGUCCUCCCUGAGCUCCUGCCUGGGGCUGAGUCUGGAUCUGCUGCUGAGAGAGGAGCGCCGGCGCCAGCUGCAGCAGCGAGGGAGGACGCCUGGGGCCCAAGAGCUGCCCGCCUCGCAGCUGCAGCGCAGGGUGCCCCUGCUGCCCGAGAGGCGGCCCCAGGACCCACUCUCCAAGCUGGGGGGCUUCUUUCCCGCGACGGUCAGCUCCUGCGAGCGCCCCCGGCUGCCCAUCCACUUCCCCAGCUACGUGCCCAACUCAGUGGUGCUGCAGCGGCUGUGGCCGUGGAGCGAGGUCAGCGGCCUCGGAGCCCUCCCCGAGCUGGUGGACCGCCCAAAGAGCAAGGCACAGGCAGGUGGGGCAGGCCCGGCCGGGGCUGGCGGGUCCUGGGGCUGCGAGUGCUCACCGCCUUCUCUGCAGAGGGGCCGCAGGGAGGACAGCCUGUGGCUGCUGGGGCGCAGGCGCCACCGGAGGUGGCAGCCGAGGCCCAUCCCCGGGGACCAGGAGCCGGCGUGGGACGCGCAGUAUCUCCCCUGGUCCUCGGGCUCCGUGAGCCCCCGCAGCCAGCUCUCCGACCUGCUGGAGUCCAGGGAGCCAGAGACCCCACCCUCCGCGGAAGAGCCCCACGGCCCGCAGGACAUAGUGGCCGCGCAGACCAGCUUCCCGCCCAGGCACCUGCUCUGGGAAGACCGCUAUGAGCAACUACCCCAGUUCCUGCAUUUCUUCGUCAUCCAGAACUGGUUUAAAAAGCUGUUUCCCUUCUUCACCCUUGAGAUGUAUCCUGAGGGGGCCACGACGGGGGGCCUGGCCUCGCUGUUCAUGGACCUGCUGGCGGGCACCCCCUGGGCGGAGCGGGUGCACAUCCUGUGGGCGCUGCUGCGGCUGCUGCCCGACCUGAGCCGCGAGUUGUGCGGCCGACUGCAGCAGCUCUACCUGCCGGCGUCCUACCUGGUGAAGAGGCGGUUCGUGAUCCUGGCGCUGCAGCUGCUCCUGGCCUGCUCCCUGGACUCGCGCGAGGUGGUGCUGGAGCUCAUGGCCUACUUCCUGUGCUCGCCGGCCUCCUGCCGGUGGGAGCUCAAGCAGCUGCUGGACGGGCUGGGUCUCAAGGACCCACAGGGUUUGCUGUUCAAGGACAUGAUGAGCUGGGUGCAGGCCCACAACAUCCGCUCCAAGGCCACACUGCGCAGGUACUGCGCCCAGAAGCUGGAGACCAUGGCCCGGCAGCUGAAGGUCCAGGUGGAGCUGCUGGCCUCCUCCGCAGCCGCGUUGGCGGACAUGCUGCCCAGGGCCUCCCGGCCCUUGGCGCUUCCCUGUCCCCCGGAGGAGACCCUGUCGCGGGUGUCAGUGGUCUCCAGCACACCCUCUGGGAGCCCCUCAGUCAUCUGGAUGUCCCCGACUGCGGGCUCCCCGGGAGACCUGGAUUUGGCCACCGCGGAGCGCCUGGCCCUGCAGCUGCUCCCCGGGCCCGGGCCCUGGCCGACCCACCGCAGGCUGUCCGAUGCCCUGCUGCCCUUCGCCUCCUCCGCCCGAGCCCAGCCUGGGGCCCUCCAGCUCGGCCCGGCCCGGCCGUGGCCGCUCCUGAGGGUGGCCGCCCUGCCGCCCGCAGACCAGCGGCUGUCCCAGGACCUCUGGCGCGCAGACCACCCCAUCCGGAUGCUGAAGCUGCCCCUGCCCCGCGUGGAGCUGCGGCCCUUCCCCCCAGACUGGCCCAGGCCAGCGCGCCCGCGGCCCCCGCGGCCCCUGCAGCCCGCUCUGCAGCGCUACUUCCUGCCGGGCAACGCCGUCCCCGACCACUACCGCUGACCCCGCCGCCCGGCCUCUGCGCCCAGUCUGCUGCCCUGCCCAGGCGCAGGGCAGGAAUAAACCCAGCGACCACAGCCAG